AUGGGAGAAGUCUAUUCAAACUUAGGAAUUUUUUAUAAGACCAGUGAUGAAAAUCAGCUAUCUCUUGCCUACGCACAAUGCUUACGUUUUCGACCAGCAGGUGCACUAUCGCGAUCGACACCUAAUGGGAGAAGUCUAUUCAAACUUAGGAAUUUUUAUAAGACCAGUGAUGAAAAUCAGCUAUCUCUUGCCUACGCACAAAUCAAAAAUAUGUUCGUAACGCCCGACACACGGACAGACCGGCUAAACAUCUCAUAUUUCGGCAAAAUAACGCUAGAGUCUUCUCGUUAUGCGGCCAAUUCGAUGCACUUGCACACUGGACACCAAUAUUCUCUUGAAACAUCAGUGGCGCCCUCUGGUGGACAGAUCUA